GAUUGGCAGCCGAAUAAACUUCGGAUGUUUUUGUAUAAGAAGGCAGCCAUCUUUGAACAUAUUUAGCUCUGUUCUGGGGAAGUGAAUAAUAGUCUGAAAGAAAAUUUCUUUUUUGGCCAAAAAAAUCCAUUGAGUAGUGUAGACUUAUGAAAAAAAUAUAGAAAAUACGUAUGUUUAGUGUUUCUUGUGGAAAACUGUGUAAAUGAGAGUAAUUUAGAAGGUGUGGGCGUAUGAAAAGUUAAAAAUUUUUCAUAGCAGAUUGUGACUGGCUGGCGCAGAAAAGUUUACAAUGGCGUGCUUAAAUACACUGAAAUUGGAGAUAAAGACAUUAGAACAAACAUUUACAAAGGCCCAUGAACGAUUUCAAAUAUUGAAUGCAAGUGUUGAUGAACUAACGUGCAGAUUUAUUGGGAAAAAUGGAAAACGUUAUGACAUCCAUGCCAAUAUUACAGAAACAUACCCUUCCACACCGCCAGUUUGGUUUGCCGAAAGUGAGGAAACCAGCGUGACAAAUGCUGUCCAAAUUCUGAGCAAUACACAUGGAAGGGAUAAUCAUGUUAUUAAUCAAGUGGGUCUUUUGAUAAGAGAACUCUGUCGACUACACAACUGCCCUUUGCCGCCUGAUCUGGAUAACUUGGCUUUGCCACUACAGCAACCAAAUCCUCCUCCUGCAGUACAUUCGCAAGCUCAAUCCAUUGAUGAAAAUGAGUCAGACGGUGAUGAUUUGGAUGAUGCUGUGGGUGAAAGUGAUCAAGAAAGCGAAGCAGAGGAGGAUUUGCCUUUGGAGAUGGAUGAAGGACGUAGUACAAAUAAGAAGGACGAAAUGGAAGUGGAGCAUUUAGCAACAUUAGAAAGACUGCGACAAAGUCAACGACAAGAUUAUCUAAAGCAGGGCUCAGUAUCUGGAUCUGUCCAAGCCACCGACCGUUUAAUGAAAGAAUUGCGAGACAUUUAUCGUUCAGAUUCGUUCAAAAACAACAUGUAUUCUAUAGAGCUCGUUAAUGACUCUAUAUAUGAAUGGAAUAUACGACUAAUGUCUGUCGAUCCAGAUAGCCCGCUGCACAACGAUCUCGUGAUGCUCAAAGAGAAGGAGGGUAAAGAUAGCAUAUUGCUGAAUAUAAUGUUCAAGGAGACUUAUCCAUUUGAACCUCCAUUUGUACGUGUUGUGCAUCCCAUAAUUUCGGGAGGAUAUGUUCUUGUUGGUGGAGCAAUUUGCAUGGAGUUGCUGACAAAGCAAGGAUGGAGUUCGGCGUAUACUGUUGAAGCUGUAAUCAUGCAAAUUGCAGCAACACUAGUCAAGGGAAAAGCACGCAUUCAGUUUGGACCAACGAAGGUUUUGUCACAGAGCCAGUAUAGCCUAGCACGUGCUCAACAGAGUUUCAAGUCACUUGUACAAAUUCACGAGAAGAACGGAUGGUUUACACCACCAAAAGAAGACGGCUAAAGGGGACGUGUGAAUGAAUGUACAGAGGGACACAGAGUGAGAUACAACGGAGGGUGUAUAAGGAAAUCGUUUGAAAUGAAAAAAGAUCAUUAACAGACGAAUAUUCGUUUAAAUUCAAUUCAAUUUAUACUUGUGUAAUUAACUGCAGAAUACUUGAAUUACGAGAGAAGUUAUUUUCAUGAUUUAUGUAAAGAAGACGUUAUCUCAAUCCUUUGUCUUUAGAAAUUAAUCUUAGUUACGAUUUUCAAGAUGAAUAAUGUGAGAACAUAAUGUAAAAUAAGAAAAGAAAUUUAGAUGCAAAAUAUUCCCUUUGGGAGAAUUAAAGAAAAAUACAAAAUUAAGAUAUUUCUUUUUACACAGAUAUUUCAUUCAUAUACCAUAUAGCAAUUAUCUGAGGAUUCUAAUUUAAAAGAAUGAAUGAUAAUUUAAUUGAUUUAUCCACUUGAUAUAUCUAUUAUAAAAAGAAGUUUAGGAAUAACAGAUGUGUAAUUCAUUAUGUAUUUAUUAUCUCUGAUUGACAUUGUCACAUGAACUGCUGUGAAGAGUAAACGGAAGUGUAAAAUAAUUGCAGUAAUGUAAGAGUGGAAAAAAUCUUUUGUUCUUCAAAUAAUUAGAUAUGUCAAACGUUAAUUUUCUUGUAAUUAAAUUGAUUUUUGUUCUUUUUUUUUUACAUAAAAAAGAAAAUGCUGAUGAAAUAUAUAUUUUUGUGAAAAGAAAUUGAAGUAAAUGAAAAUAAUUGA